AUGUCUUGUUCUGGUCGAUCCCCUUCAGAUAAAAAGCGGAAGGUUGCCAGAAGAGCAUGUCUAGCGUGUCGAGCCAAAAAAAUAAAAUGCGACGGGGAAGGCUCGAUACCUAGAUCCAAUACGGAACUUGGACGUAACGAGAAGGAAGUAUGCACCAACUGCGCCAUUGCAGGAAUAGAAUGCGUUUUCGUCGAAAGUCAGAGGGGUGGCCGUCGACAGCCACGAAAGCUUAUUGCGACAAAUGACUCGCAGAGCCUUCUGCUAAGCGCAGGACUAUUGCCUCCACUUCCUUCUUCUCAACCACCUCCACUGUCUGAGUACAGCAGCCGACUCAUUUCUUCUCACCGGUCUACACCUAUCAACGCGCAUGCAUUCCCGCCACACUAUGGGAUUUCGCCGCGCUUUCUUUCGGGCCCACCGUAUUUAGGACUCGACACCCGCACCCUACCGUCCCACGUCGGAUGCCCAUCUUCACCAUCAUUAAAUCAAUCCUUUUCGCCCCUCGUACCCUUUCGUUCUCUUUUAAACAUCUGCCAGCUAGACAACAAUCACGAACCAAACGAUAAUUCUGUCAUGAGCAAGUCGCAUGAGAUGCGGCAGAAUGAAAAUCUUUCAUCAGGUUUCGAGGGCAGUGAACACUCACGCAGCAAUUCAAAAUCUCGUUGCAUUGUUUCCACGAAUGACCUUGGCUCCACGUCUCCGUCGUCAAGCAACAAUCUUUUACCUACUUAUGCAUCAGCAGUAAACUCAGAGAAUGUUCAGCUUUCUCUAGAGAGUAUACUCGCCCCUUUAACAUCACCGCAGCAUCAAAUUCCUUCUGAGGGUACUGGCCGGGCCACAUCCAGCUCAAUCUUGAAAACCCACGAUACGGUAUUUGAACCUCGAUUUACAAAUGAAUUCUUGCAACAAUACGGCUUUCCACCGUGGAAUGAAUGCAUAAAUCUAAUAAAUUUGUUUUACGAUGCCACCCAUCCUCAGAUUCCAAUACUCCCACCCAAAAAUCAGUUUAUUGAGGAAUUUAGCCCCAGUAACAACGCCGCUUUAACCCAUGUUCUCUUCUUGUGCGCCUCCCCAUAUAUGCAAGAAAAUAGGCCCAUGAGGAUAAGUCGCUAUCGCGAGAAAGUCACAUUGCAUUGGCAUGAUCUAGAUCUUCUGCCUUCAAUUCAAACAUUGUUGUUGAUGGCCUUCUAUUCGAUUAAGUUUGCUGAUAAACGAGAUCUUGCUGAAGAGUACCUCAACAAAGCUAUCAAAAUAGUUUAUUUCUCGACCAGUGCCUAUGGGUUUGUGGGCAGAGAUCUGCGAGAAUUGACGCAAAUAGCUCCGUUCAAGGUUCGGAGGCAAAAGAGGAUUUUAUUGGUGAACUUAUGGAAGCUGUAUCUCAUGGUGCAAACUGGACGGCUUUAUUAUGAUGACAUCGGAUUCUGCUCCGAUAUGACAUGGUCGGGAGCAGAAGAUCCAGCAGUAGGCAAGCUUCUACGAAUUGAAUCUCUUCCUUUCCCAAAGCUUGCAAAUGCAGCUAACGAAGUGCUUGCACUUGAAGAUGCCGAGUAUCUGAAGGUGAUAGACGAAGGUGUUGAGGGCUCCAGUCCGAUGGCACACCUAUAUGCUGCAGUUAGCUUGAGCGAACAGUUCGUUUCGCAUAACAACAUUGAAAGUAUAAGCAUGGGCGUGUCUAGCUUAGAGGCUGCAGUAAAUUCAGCAUUACUCAGUCACCCUGAAGGCAGCGGCGUGUUAAAUUUUACGACACUCGAGGCCAAACUCGUAAUAUCUGCUUCUCAUAUCAAGCGAAUAUCAGCUAGCUUGCCAGUGCUUCCACAAUGUUGUACAAGUGAUAUAAACACGGACGCAUUUUUUGAGACAUUUCUCACCGAGUGUCGAGAAAUGGUGGAUGGAAACUUCCUGAGCAGGCUGAAAAUUCCCCUCUCAAGUCUAAUUGAUCUAUUCCUUGUAAUUCAGGACUGCACUAUUUUGCUGAGAAUAGCGAAUGGGUCUCCGAUGACGGAUCUAUGCUCCAACUCGCAAGUCUCAAACUUGAGCAAUUCGAAUUCAACCGGGCACGGUGGUGCGGAUGAGCAUUGCCCUAACUCUUCUGAUCCUACACGGAAAGUCAAUGUCCAACAAAUCACCAGCCAGCAACACAGCACAAAACGUGAGCCGGAAUUUAGUCGCGGAUAUCCAAAUUCGAGCGUUGCGUCUUUUCAAAUGAAGGAAACCUGGCGACAUUAUCCUCUCUUAUUGCGUAAAAUUGUGCGUCAAAUUAUUCCGUUUCAAGGUCUUUUACUUUGCUUCAGUAAAGUUUCCUCGCUCACAAUUCACUGUCAACGACCGUCAGUAUUAUAUGCGAGUAAGGAACUACCUCUUCACCCCGAUUACCUCUCAAGUACGGGCUCUUUCAAAAAUAAAAAUAUGAACUCCUUGCGCUUCGGUAUUGAAGCUGGUGAAUUUCAAGGCAAGGGGAAUCUUUAUUCUCUGCUUGGUAGCUUAUGCGAUUCCUCCCACAUGUGGGCCGAUUUCAAGUUAUGCCUGGAAUACCUUCAAUUUGAUGCAGCUUUCCUUGAGUGCAACAACACUUCAAAUUCAAGAUUCGAGGCCAUGAGCAAAUGGGCACAGACAGUGCUCUCUUCAUCUUAA